UUUUGAGACAUUAUUUCUAAAGUGAAUUAGUUAUGAAUUACCUUUUGUUUUCAAUAAAGUAGAUUAGAGCAAUGGGUAAUUUCAAACAACAGAUUCCUAUACAUUGUAGAGGUAUGAUUUUAUAAAUGGGUUUCCGUAAGUAGGUUGAGAUGGCAUUGGAAGUCAAGUUGCCACUGAAAAGCUAUGCUGUUGAUGUGUGUCAAACUCUUGUAUCCCCUCUGGAGAAGAGAUAGGAGAAGCCAAUCUGAGAGGACUGAUGGAAAGCAUUUUAUUCUUUACUUUUUGUGUGUACUUAAUAGGCAAGAUGAUCAAGCCUUGGCUGAGCUAUUUCAGUGUGCCAUACAGUAUUCUAGGUACAAAAUCAGAGUGGCAGAAGGCACCCUUAUUAUAAUUAUAAUCACCCCUAAAGGUGAUUAUUCUGCCCUUUAAGUGAAUGAUCACUCCCUCCUCUUUUCCAUCAAAUACUUACUGAAUGUCUGUGGAAUGCUAAAUAGUGAGAUUACUGUGGGGAAAACGGACAUGUCCUUGCAUAGUCUAGGGCUUUUGUUUUAUGGUGUUUGCUCUUAUUUUUUUCCCUGAAGAUUUAGCUUGAACUGAUUUCUAACCUAGUUAGAACCUAGUAUAUAUCCUAGUAUUAUCUGAUUAUAUACUAAUUUGUGGAAAGGGGCAGUGAGGUGUCAAGGGGGAAAUUGUUUAGAAUAUUUAUUUUGCCUGAGUUGACCACACAAUGAAUAAUCCUCCUUGGGUAUAUUGAAUGAUGACUGUUUCUCUCUCUCUCAUUGUUAGGUAGGGAAAAUAGAAACACGUGAAAGAGUACUUUGAGGAUUCAGGACCUCAGCUGUUGAGGUUCUGCUCCUCAUCUCCUUGUGAAUAUAUGUUUUACUAAUGGAAUAGAUGCUUUUAGAUUUCCAAAAGAAUAAUCUUUGGAUUAUUAACGUUUUCCUUUGCAUCUAACCUAAUGCAAUUUUCAGUAAGUAUUGGUUCAAAUCAUUUCAGUCUAACUGGGGGAAAACCCCUCUAUAAUGCAGCUUUUAAUCUUAUUUUUUUGAUUAGGCUAUGCACAUGUAUCUUUUGGUAACAGAAGCUGGAGGGUGUAGACAAGAUGGUUUAGGAAGAUGGACAGUUGGUGCCAUAAUUGCAUGUUCACUGAGUAGUUUUAUGAAAAAUAGAAGUAAAUUAUUAAUUCCUGGGCUUGGUGAUUUUUUUAUUGAAGGGUUAUAAUCAUUUAUAAAACUUCCUUUUUAAAGCCGAACGUCAACUUGUUCUUCUGGCAGGUCCUUUGAAAACCCAGUGUCUCCCCCCACCCAAAAGUUCGGUAGAUUUGGAAGUAUUUUGAAAUGUUUCUAUCCUCUCACCUUAGAACUUGAAUGGAAAUAGUCCAUUUUGGUUUUCAUUUCCAAUACAAAUUCACUUUACCCUUGAAACAUACAGCAGAACUAAAGUGCCCCUACCUUCCUUUCUAAUAUCAAGCCUGGGAUACUGAUAACAACAAACAUUCAGCAAUAUUUUUGAAGUUUCUAUCAUGUGCCAGGGCACCAUGCUGUGCAUUCAGUUUACACAUUAUUAUUCAGUGCAACCUGGCUUCUUAGAACAACAACUACAUAUGUCUUCCAUCUCCUGUCCUAGUUGCUUAGGAGAGUUCCUGAAUGCUUGUGACUUUGGGACUACACUCUUAAUGCUCUCCUCACAUCUAGGACCAGUGCCGUAUCUACAAAUUAGAUAAGGGCUUCUGACAAACUUUUGAUAAUGUGGCAGUCAUCUUAUAGACCAUGGGUAAUGUUAACUAAUCACCAACGAUUGUAUGGCAUCAAGCUUCUUUUAAACAGAUAACCCAAGAAAGCAAUACUGUGAGUGAAUAGGAUUGCUUUGAAGUUUCAGGACCUUAAACUGUUUAAUGAGAAUAAGAGAAGAUUCUGAUUGAGAAUGAGGUAUUGAUUGGGUAUAGGCCCUGAAGCAAAAUAGAAAAAUAAUCUUUACAGAGUAGCUAGUUUCAACAAGGGGAUAAAAACUAAGGAAUAGAAAAAGUCCUCUGACUUUUUCUAUCAUGAAUCCUAUGUACUUGCUGAUUUUUCCUGUGUAGGUAAAUACUUUCAUAGCUUGAGGAGCAUCUUUUUGGGAUUCUUUUCUUUGUGCUUCUGCUUUUACUCUGAGUCUCAGAGAGAAAAAGACACAGUGUGAUGGAGAGGAAAGCUAAAUUUAGCUUGAGAUGCAUGCUGUACCUACUAUUUGUGUGACAUUGGACCACUUAUUCCUCUCUGGGCCUCAGUUUUCUCAUAUUUCAACAGUGAGGCAUUUGAACUAGUACCUGUGGGUCAUUAUUAGGAUAAAUUGGAGAAUGUAUAUUUACUGCCUAUUAAAGUGUAAUGCAUAUGAUUGCUUAAUCAAUUGUUAUCAAACAGGUCUGGCUGCUCACCACUCAAAAAUCAAUACUGAAGAGGCAAGUGUUGGUAGAAAUAGAAAACAUUGCUUUUAACCAGAAAGCUGGCAAUCUGGGGGGAAGGUGGCCUUGUGUCCCCAAACCAACUCUGAAGUUUCUGCUUGGCCAUGAAAGUUUUUUUUUGUUUUUUUUUUGCGGUACGCAGGCCUCUCACUGUUGUGGCCUCUCCCGUUGAGGAGCACAGGCUCCAGAACGCGCACGGGCCCAGCUGCUCUGUGGCAUUUGGGAUCUUCCCAGACCGGGGCACGAACCCAUGUCCCCUGCAUCGGCAGGCGGACUCUCAACCACUGCGCCACCAGGGAAGCCCGCCAUGAAAGUUUUUAAAGAAAAAAAAGGGGAGGUAAUCUCAGUUAAUCAUUGAGAUUCGGAGUCAGAGUCAUCACCAUCUUUCCCUGCUUGCCAGCUUGUCAGCUUCUUGUGAUCUCUCUUUAGAUGCUACCUUGUUCACACAGUUUGCUCAUAAGAUUACUGAAGGGGAAGCUGGGAAAGAGAUCUGGUCAUCUGUUAAUUAUUUAUUCUUCAUUUCUGCUUCUUUGAUCUAUGGAAAGAACCAACAGGUUAGGCAGGGUAUUGUGUGAUCAAAAGAUUUGAAAGGUGUGCUAGGGCUGGAGAUGAGUAGAGCAUGGGAGUGCCUGGUUUAAGGUUAGUGACAAUAUAGCUCUGCUAAAGUGACAAAAGGGGCCUCCUGCAGAGAGCACUUUCCUGCCAAAAGCUACUUACAAAAUGAUUGUUACUCUAUCAAUCAUUGCUACUAUCUAUCAAGUAAUGCUGCUACCACUAUUUUUUUUUAACAUCUUUAUUGGGGUAUAAUUGCUUUACAAUGAUGUGUUAGUUUCUGCUUUAUAACAAAGUGAAUCAGUUAUACAUAUACAUAUGUUCCCAUAUGUCUUCCCUCUUGCGUCUCCCCCCCUCCCACCCUCCCUCCCUAUCCCACCCCUCCAGGCUGUCACAAAGCACCGAGCCAAUAUCCUUGUGCCAUGCGGCUGCUUCCCACUAGCUAUCUACCUUACGUUUGGUAGUGUGUAUAUGUCCAUGACUCUCUCUUGCCCUGUCACAGCUCACCCUUCCCCCUCCCCAUAUCCUCAAGUCCGUUCUGCAGUAGGUCUGCGUCUUUAUUCCUGUCUUACCCCUAGGUUCUUCAUGACAUGCUACCACUAUUAAUGUUACUACAUCAGUCAUUUUGACCAAGUGUGUGAAGGUACCAUCUUAGGCUUUCCUGAGGCUUUCCCUCAUUUACUCUGAGUCCUUCCCCCAUUCAGUCUGUCCAAAUGUGACCAAUGCCACCAUUUGAGGAAAGACUCUUAUCUCCCUGCAGCUGUUUCAUGCACAUCCCUUGGGCACACGUGCGAGCACUUACUCAUUAUUCUUUUCAUUAUUGUUGUUGCCUCCAUUUCAUUUUUCAGGAAUUGGCAGAUAUUUCAACCCAGAAAGAAGCUUUUGUUGACUACUCUUUACAAAGUGGUUGUAUAGAGUUGACCCUUAGUUUGUAUUUGCUACUCUUAACAUUCCUCAGUGAUGGCCCUUAAACCCCCUUACCUAUUAUAGACCAGAGAAAAAUGUUUGGAAUUCAGUCUGUAGGUUGAAGGGAAACUGGAGAAAGAGGGUAGAGGGUAGAGUUUGAGGUAGUUAAAGGUACAGUUUUAUUGGCUCACGGUAUCAUUUGCUCUCCUUUGAUAUUUCUUUAUUUAUCUCUCAGUUUUUCAUUUGUCAAAACUCUUUCCAAUUUCUAUGUCUAAAAGUGAUUUCUGCCUCCUUGAAUUUUUUUGACUGAAUCAUGCAUCUUUUAUCUUGGAUUACUUGUCUAUUUCUACUUUCUGUACUUUACCUCCUGGGCGUUUUAGAAGUUAGGCCCAUGUGUUGAGAUCUAGUGAAGGGCUGAAAGGUCCAGGCUCUGGAGCCACACUGGGUAGAUGUGAAUUCUCGCUCUUAAAAUUAAUUGUGUGACCUUGAGCAAAGUACUUAACCUAUCCCUGUCUCUUUGCUUAUCUAUAAAAUGGAACUAAACUGUUGUAUUAUUUUGUAUGUUGAGUGAGCUAAUACGUUUAAAAUACUUAGAGCAAUGCCUGGGAAGUAGUAUAUGCUCAGUAAAUAAAUGUUGCCUGUGAUGAUGAUAAUGUUGUACACAUUUUUUUCUCUCUGUUUAACACUAAACAUAGGAUACUUGCUUACAGAAUACCUUACAUGGUCAGGAAGGGUAUUGUUAAAAUGAGUAUCUCAGUUGAACAUUUAUUCUCUCUCAGGGCAUCUUGAGCUGCUUGAGAUCAGGGACCAGGAUUUUGUUUAUCUUUAGUAUCCUUAUAGUCUAGCACAAUGCCUGGCACAUAGUAGGUUCUCAGUAAUGUUAUUGAAUUGGAUAUAUUUGAUGGAGGUGAGAUAACCAAUGUACUAUGCCCCUCUCAGUCUUGGAUACUUCUGAACACCCAGUUACUCUUGUCAGAAACUUCCCACAUUUAAUCCAUCACCAAAGCUGUUAACUAGACCUGUAAAUGUAUCUCAGAUCCAUAGCCUCCAUUUCCACUUCCACCAUCUUUAUAUAAGCUAUCUUAUUCUUCUUCCUGGACUACUGCUUCAGUCUCCUAAACUGAUCUUAUAUCUCCUGCAAGUCGUAUUUCACAAAGAAGAAGACAGAACCAUUUUUUUAAAAGCAAAAAUGUUCUUUUCCCUCUCCUACUUGAGAACUCUUCAGUGGCUUCCAUGGAGUAACUUGUCCUACAGGGUCUGCCAAAAUUUUGGCUUACUUCUUGAGUCUUAUCCUAUUCAGUCAUUCUGCACCAGUCUUGCUGGCUAGUCUCUCUGUGUUUGGACUGUGCUUGACAAAUUCUGUAAAUUGGCAUGCUUUUCAGUACCUUCAAAGCACUCUCUCUUUUUUUUAUUGAACUAUAGUUAAUUUACAAUAUUGUGUUAGUUUCAGGUGUACAGCUUCAAAUUCUUUUCCAUUAUAGGUUAUUACAAGAUAUUGACUAUAGUUCCCUGUGCUAUUCAGUAAAUUCUUGUUAUUUAUCUAUUUUACAUAUACUGGUGUAUCUAUUUAAUCCCAUACUCCUAAUUUAUCCCUCAGCCCCCCUCUUUCCCCUUUGAUAUUCAUAAGCUUAUUUUCUGUGUCUUUGAGACUGUUUGUUUUGUAAAUAAGUUCAUUUUUAUCAUUUUUUAGAUUCUACAUAUAAGUGAUAUCUUUAUAAUAUUUGUCUUUCUCUGUCUGACUUACUUCACUUAGUAUAAUCUCUGGGUCCAUCCAUGUUGCUGCAAAUGGUAAUAUUUCAUUCUUUUUUACGUCUGAGUAAUAUUCCGUUGUGUGUGUGUGUGUGUGUGUGUGUGUGUGUGUGUGUGUACACAUCUUCUUUAUCCAUUCAUCUGUUGAUGUACACUUAGAUUGCUUCCAUGUCUUGGCUACUGUGAAUAGUGCUGUUAUGAACAUUGGGGUGCAUGUAUCUUUUCAAAUUAGAGUUUUCAUCUUUUCCCAGGAGUGGGAUUGCUGAAUCAUAUGGUAGCUCUAUUUUUAGUUUUCUAAGGAACAUCCAUACUGUUCUCAACAGUGGCUGCACCAAUAUACAUUCCCACCAGCAGUGUAGGAGGGUUCCCUGUUCUCCAUUCAAAGUACUCUUUGUUUUUCCUUUGUAAAACUGGUCAUGAUUGUAAAUCAAACAAGUGUUUGUCUAGCAGUUUUUUAUAUGUAUUUUGUUUUUUACCCACAAAUAUUUGUAUUUGAAAAUAAAAGGACUUAAAAAUUGUUAUUUAUUAAUUUACAUAGAGUAAAUUUGACUUUUUUGGGGGUAUACACUACUGUAAAUUUUCACACAUGUAGAUUUGUGAAAACAUCACCACAGUUAGAAUACAAGGAAUAAUUUUAUCACCUGAGGAAACUCCCUUCUGCUAUAUGCUUUAGGAAAGUCAUCCUCCCCUUGACCCUUAACUCCUGGCAACCACUGAUCUGUUCUCUUUCACUAUAAUUUUGUCUUUUUGAGAAUGUCAUAUAAAUGGAAUCAGGCAGUAUAUAUCCUUUUGAAGCAUAAUGUCUUUUAAAUCCAUCCAAGCUAUUGUGUAUGUUAUUAGAAUGUUCUUAUUUUAUUGCUGAGUAGUAUUCCAUUGUAUGGAUGUACCACUUCAGCCAUUGAAGGACAUUUGGGUAUCUAGCACAUUUUUUUUGGGCCACACUGUGGGGCAUGUAGUUCCCUGACCAGGAAUUGAACCUGCACCCCCUGCAUUGGAAGGUGGAGUCUUAACCACUGGACCACGAGGGAAGUCCCUCUAGUACAUUUUAAUGACUUUCUCAGUAAGUUCCAUGAGCAUGACAGCCUGGACUUGUUAGCAUGUGUCCUGUCUCUCUCUUUCCGUAUCUUAUUCUCUCUGUCUCUAUGUGUGUGUAUACAGACAUUACACACAUGCAUCAACACACACACACCAACCAUACAUGGUGCUUUAUUUUUGAACCAUUUGUGUAAAUUGCAUCAAUCAUGGCCUUUUACUCCUAAAUACUUCAGCUUUUAGUCGUCAUGUCUUUGUAGUCUCUUUUACACUGUAAUGUCAUUUCCUGAGUCUUUCUCACUUAAUGACUAACAUUUUUGAAAAAUACAGUUCUACUCUGUCUCCUUCUCUCCCUUUCUUUCUCCCUUACUCUCUCCCAGAAUGUUCCUCAUUUGGGGUUUGUCUCAUAUUUCCUCAUGGUUAGAUCCAAGUUAAUCAUCCCUGGUUGGAAUAUUACAUAAGCAAUGUGUCCUUCUUGAAAUAUCGCAUCUAGCAGUAUGUGGUGUCUACCUGCUUCUCAUUAAUCAUGUCAAUUCUGGUCAAGGUGUUGUCCGAUUUCUCCGCUGUAUGAUACUUUUUUUUUGUUUUUCCUGGCAACUGUUAAGCAAUCUGUAUUGAGUUACUGCUCCUCAUUAAAAUUUUCCCCUACAUUGAGCAAAAUGAUAAUAUUUUUUAUUGUUACUGGACUAAUUUUUAUUGUAAACCCCAUUUCAAGUUUUCAUUCUUUUGAUUUUAGGAUCUAUAAGUAAUUUUUAAGAUCCAUAAUAAGGUCAGUAACUGCUAUUGUAAACCAUUCUUUAGAUGUAAACCCAUCUUGAUUGGUUUAUACAUAGACGCUAUAUGUCUAAAUAAUGUAGAUGGCAUAUAUGUAAAAGAUGGUAAUAGAACAGUUUUCCUCUUAUUUUUGUAUUUUUGUACUUGUGAUGGAAUUGCUGAAUGGAAAGGAAAUAGAUAUGUGUUGAAACUUAAGGCAUGAGAUUAUUUAAAGAUAGAGGUAGUACAAAAGAAGGUUUAGCAAUAAGAAUGAGAGAGAAAUAAUUUAGUGAGCCAAUCUCCUGGAAAGAAGAGGGAGGAUGCCUACUUAGGAGGCUUAGUGUUCAGAAAUAGUUCUAUUGAAUAUUAGUAGGAAUGAGAAAAGGGAUACGAGGAAUCAUUUUGAUGUAUUAUUCCAGAGCAAAUUCAAAAUGUCACAAUUCAGUUGGGGAGAAUUAUUGUGCAUUGGAGAUAUAUGAAGAUUUUAUUAAACAUGUUAUAGAACUUAAAGCUCAUGAGAGGAUUUAAAAUUAUCUAAAUAAUACAGAUUACUGUGAAAUGAAAGUAUUUAAAGCACAGGGAAAUGUACACUCCGGUAAGUGCAGUGGGAAGCUGGGAAACUUGAGUUCUUAUCUAAACCUUGAGUGGGCAAUUUUGCCACUAAUUAGUGAUGUGCUCAUAGCAAGAAAGAUGCAGAGGUCUCUGGAUUCUUUCCCUGCAUCAACUUUUUUCAUGUUUUGAUUUCUGCGGUCUUCUUUAGUAGUGAUCACUUGUGUCUAAGAGCAGCACCUCCUAGAUGAACAGAUCUUUACUUCAAGAUCUAGUAAGAAUAAAUAUUUUUGUCUGCUUUGGAUAUUUCUAGAACAGAGGACAAAAUUAAUUAAUGAAUGUUCUGAUCUUGUUACCUUGUAGUUUACCCUCUUUAAAUUUUAUUUUGAUUUCAAUGGACCAAUUUCUCUGACUUUUUCUAGACUGUAGGAGAGUAAAAAGUUUUCCUUGACUCUCUUAGGGUCCCUAGCUGGGUCUGAAAAUUAAACUGAGAAAGACAAGACAACAGGAUUAAAGCAUACAAAUUUAAUGUACAUUUUACAUGUCAUGGGAGUCUUCAUAAGGAAAGGAAGACUCAAAGAAACUGUUAAACCUGUGUUUGAUGUAGAAUGGCAAGUCAUGGAAAGAUAUGAUAGGGAAAAGUGUAUGAGGUAAGUAUAAUAAACCAGGGGAAAUUUUACAAGUCCCAUUUGUUUGGAUUCUUCUGAGUCCUCUUGUCUUUGGAGAUAAGGAUUCCUCCCAUUAUAGGGAGGGCAGUUCUCACUUGAGGGUUUAAUGACUUCUUUCAGGGGACAAGGGCAGGGAGUAUGGGGGUGUGGCUGGGGGUGGGAGAGGUCAGAGAGAGAACUUCCUGCUCAUGCUGUAUGCUCAGACUCCUUCAGCUUAAAGUAUUCAGUAUGCCAAGGUGUAUAUUUUGGGGUAUCGUGUCCUGAACCCCAUCAUAAUUCUUUAAGUUGUAUGACACAGUUGAAAAAAAUCUGUGAGACGUAUCUCAUUAUGAUUUGUAUGUUAUUGAAAAUAUGAAACAAAAUGAACUUGAAAAACCUAGCUCUUGUUCCAUCUUUACCUCUAAUUUAUGUCAUUUCUCUGUCAUUUGGUUUUUUGGUUGUUGUUUUCUAAUUUCUGUGUUUAUAAAAUAGCAGUAACAAUAACCAGCCACAAAGGAUAGCUGUGAGAUUUGUAAGUCAUUUUGAUAAAGAUCUGUUAUCUAGUAUGCACCUCUGAUUUUUUAUUGUAAUUGAAAGAAAGUGCUGGGUAUUAUACAAAAUAUUAAUAUGGAAAUAAUUUAUAUUAUUAUCUGAAGUAGUUGUCUUGAUGUGAAAUAAAGCUGCUUUAAUAUCAAAAGGGAGUUAUAGUAUACAGUUAUAUAUAUUAUUACUGAUAUUUUAAGUGCACUGUCAGGGUAUUAGUAAUAUUAAUAAAUGUCAGAAUUAGAAAGUCUAAGUAGUCAGGUUUUUGGAAAAUUAAUGACUAAACAAUGUAUAAUAUAUAGUUUAUAGUCAACUCUUUAAAUCCUUACUUUAAAAUAUUACAUUAUGCACAGAUACAUUUUUAUUGUAAAAAAUUCGGGUUAAUUCAGAUGUAUAUAUGGUCAAAAGUCAUUAAAGGGCUUCUUUCACUCUCCUCAACUUUUCUUGUCAAAGAUAACCUUUGUCAGUAACUUGGUAUGCAACCUGAUAUCAGUCUAUAACUCAAGGCAUAUACCUUAAUAUAUUAAGGUACUAAUUGGUCGUAUUCAAUACUUUAUAUGCACCAAUUUUUUUUAAUUAAAAAAGAACAACACAGAAGAACAGCAUCUGUCAAGUUCAUUGUCCUAAAUUACUUGUUUUUGCUACUUGUUUUUUUUUUAAGGAAUAAAGCAAAAUUGAAGUCGCUACUGUAUAUUCAAAACAAUACAAAUAUAAAUAUUCUAUGCAUUUAAAAAAUUCACAAAAGUUACAUUACUCUUGGGCUUCCCUGGUGGCGCAGUGGUUGAGAGUCUGCCUGCUUACUUCAACUUGCUUUUUCCAUUCGAUAGCUAUUUGUUGUUGAUGUAUACAGAGUUUGUUCGUUCUGAAUAUUUAAAAUUUUCAUGUUUAAAAAAUACUUUUAAAAUGAAAUAUUUAGGUUUGUGCGUUAGGAAAACUCAAGUUAACUGCAUUCUGAAAAAAUAAGUUCCUGAGAUUUCCUUUUAACAAUACUUUUGAAACACAGAUAACAUUACUUCCUGUCUCUCAGUUUCCUGUAUCCAUGGCAACCUCUGUUUUACACACUGAGUGUGGAGGAACCAAUGUGAAGAGUGGUGUUUCCUGAGCAAAUUGUGACUUAAAAAAAAAAAAGAGGUGGAGGGGUGGAGGUCAACAGUGCCACAAAAGAAAUGGAGUUUAGAAAUGUCGCUCUUCAGAUAUAGAAAGAAAACCUUUACUUGAAUCAGCUGAGUGUUAAUAAUAUGAAUUUCCUGUUCUUGCCAAUUUUGAUAUGAACAGAAAAACCAAGAACAGGGCUAUGUGUGGAGUACGUUUUUCUCUGCCUUGCCUACGACUGUUUCUACUUGUUACCUGUUAUCUUGUGUUAUUAUUCCAUAAAGAGAUACUUGGAUGUUCGUCUGUUUGCCAGCUCUGCACUGGGAGACAAAUUAACUGCCGUAACUUAGGCCUUUCAAGCAUUCCUAAGAAUUUUCCUGAAAGUACAGUUUUUCUAUAUCUGACUGGAAAUAAUAUAUCUCAUAUAAAUGAAAGUGAAUUAAUUGGACUUCAUUCUCUUGUAGCAUUGUAUUUAGAUAAUUCUAGCAUUGUGUAUGUGUAUCCAAAAGCUUUUGUUCAUUUGAGGCAGCUAUAUUUUCUAUAUCUGAAUAAUAAUUUUAUAAAACGCUUGGAUCCUGGAAUAUUUGAGGGACUUUCCAAUCUUCGUAAUUUAUAUUUACAGUCUAAUCAAGUAUCUUUUGUUCCAAGAGGAGUAUUUCAUGAUCUAGUUUCAGUUCAGUACUUAAAUCUACAAAGAAAUCGCCUCACUGUCCUCGGGAGUGGUACGUUUGUUGGUAUGAUUGCUCUUCGGAUACUUGAUUUAUCAAACAAUAAAAUUUUGAGGAUAUCAGACUCAGGCUUUCAACACCUUGGAAACCUGGAUUGUUUGUAUCUAGAAGGUAAUAAUUUAACAAAAGUACCAUCAAAUGCUUUUGAAGUUCUUAAGAAUCUUAAAAGACUUUCUUUGUCUCAUAACCAUAUUGAAGAAAUACAGCCCUUUGCAUUUAAAGGACUUGUCAGUUUGGAGUAUCUCCUCCUGAAAAAUUCAAGAAUUAAAAAUGUUACUAGGGAUGGGUUUAGUGGAAUUAGUAAUCUUAAACAUUUGAUCUUAAGUCAUAAUGAUUUAGAAAAUUUAAAUUCUGACACAUUUAGCUUGUUAAAGAAUUUAAUUUAUCUUAAGUUAGAUAGAAACAGAAUAAUCAGCAUUGAUAAUGAUACAUUUGAAAACAUGGGAGCAUCUUUGAAGAUUCUUAACCUGUCAUUUAAUAAUCUUACAGACUUACAUCCAAGGGUCCUUAAGCCAUUGUCUUCAUUGACUCAUCUUCAGGCAAAUUCUAAUCCUUGGGAAUGUAACUGCAAACUAUUGGGUCUUCGCGACUGGUUAGCAUCUUCAGCCAUUACUCUAAACAUCUAUUGUCAGAAUCCCCCAUCCAUGCGUGGCAGAGCAUUGCAUUAUAUUAAAUGGACUGACUUUACAAAUUGUGUUACAUCUUCAACAAAUGUAUCCAGAGCUUGGGCUAUAAAAUCUCUUCAUAUUCAUCACAAGACCACUGCAUUAAUGAUGGCCUGGCAUAAAAUAACCACAAAUGGGAAACAUUUGGAAAACACUGAGAGUGUUACUUUCUGGGAACGAAUUCGUACUUCACCUGCCAGUAGAUUUUUUCAAGAGAAUACCUUUGGUAAUCCAUUAGAGACUACUGCAGUGUUACCUGUGCAAAUACAGCUUACUUCUCCUGUUAACUUGAACUUGGAAAAAAACAGUGCUCUACCGAUUGAUGCUGCUUCGGUGUCAGGGAAAACAUCUGUAAUUUGUACACAAGAAGUUGAAAAGUUGAAUGAGGCUUUUGACAUUUUGCUAGCUUUUUUUAUUUUAGCUUGUGUUGUAAUCGUUUUUUUGAUCUACAAAGUUGUUCAGUUUAAACAAAAACUAAAGGCACCAGAAAACUCAGGGGAAAAUAGACUUGAAUACUACAGCUUUUAUCAGUCAGCAAGGUAUAAUGUAACAGCUUCAAUCUGUAACACUUCCCCAAAUUCUCUAGAAUGCCCUGGUUUGGAGCAGAUUCGACUUCAUAAACAAAUUGUUCCUGAAAGUGAGGCACAGGUCAUUCUCUUUGAACAUUCUGCGUUAUAAUUCAACUGAAUAUUGACUAUAAGAAAACCUCAGUGUCAUGGACAUGAAUAAAACUGAAGCAUCCUUAUAGAAUUAUAGACUUUAUUUGGAUAUAUAAUGAAUUAUAUGAGCUUAGCAUUAAUAAAUAUGUUUUUAAUAAUUUGUGAA